AUGUGGGCCAAUGGCUCCCCGGCCUACCUCACGGGGCUCUACACUGCUCCAACCGCGCCUCUGCUCAGGGACAGGCCCGCGAAAAAUGUUGAUAAAACUGCUACCUCCCGACGCGGCCACACCUCUGACAGCACAGGUACUCGUUCGGGCCUCGCCGAUAUAUACCUGCCUACUGUCAACAGUCCUCCAUCUACAGAUAGCCUCCGUCGUUUGAAUGCUGAGCAGAGAUUGGAUAAUACCAACUUGCCUCUUGGUCAGGGCCAUAAAGUCGGCUCCUCUUCCUCGUCAAUAACCUCCUUUACCGGCGGCAUACUCGACCAAUUGGACAUCAUGGACCGCGCCCGUCGCUCAUCCUUCACCUCGAUUGAGAGCACCCACCUAUCUAAAGACGCCUCCGAAGCAUUCCAGCAGUUUUCCAGAAAUCUUUUCCACCGGCGUGGCAGGUCCAAGCAGGAAAGCACUUCUUCUGACAGCUCUCUAUAUUCGGCAGAUGGCCCCGUCGACUCGGGCAGCGUACUAAAGGACGCCGUCCUCCCAAAGCUCUUUGCAAGACGAAAGCCAUCUCGCGAUGAGACUGCAGCUCUUCAGAAGCGCCUGCAAAUUUCCGGCCCCUUCAACUUUCAGCAUGUCCUUCACACCAACCGCGACACAGCAGAGGAUGCCAUGACCCAAGAAGAUGCCGCCAAUGAGGUCAAGAGCAGGCCCAGGGCCACAACAGGCGCUUCAGAUUUCACUUAUACCAACGUUUUGGCCGAGACUGUCGCCGAGCAUGGAGAUAUUUCUGAUAUCCCUCCCCCACGACCUGGGCUCAUUGCCCGACACACUGGCAACUUUCAGACUAUGCGCCGUUUCAUCAAAUCUAGCAAGAUCUCAGACUUUCCCUUGCCCAUCGCGCCAACAUCCGCUCCAACCAACCGCCAACCACCGCAACGACCUCCCAGAUCCCCCAUCGAGCCCGAAGCCUCAUCUCCGCCUCUCCCCCCCCCUCGAAUCUCCAGCCGUCAGACAUUUUAUCCCGCCUCAAUUGACACGCAAUCCUGCUAUUUCGCUGAGCGUCCCAUCAAGAGCGCAGGCUUCCAGCGGCCCCAGCCAUUCAGCCCGCCGAGCCCCGUCGAGCAGCUGCCCACACCAACUCGAGUAGCAUUUACAGAGCUUGCUGACUCCUCAGCAUUAUCCCAAGAGGGACUUCUCAGUCGACCUCGAACUGCCACCCCGGAACCAGCGUGGCCCUUGGCCAGUCCCACCAUUGCCAGCUUCGAGCCACCGCUCCCCGACCUCAUGGAGGAUGACGGUCACACGAGUUGGUCCUCCCGUGCCCACACCAGCCACAACAGCACCAACGCGUCGCUUCGUGGCAGUCGAUCGGUUCCCAUGUUGGCAAUGCUCCCCGAGGAUCAGGACGCAGGAGCGACGAAGAAGCAGCCCAUCGAAACGAGCGCAUGGACUGCGCAGAUGAAGGCCGAGUUGGAAGAGUCCCUCUAUCUCAGCCCCCCGCUGGGCCGCGCAAGCUGGGAAGAAGACAUUGACUAUUGCUACGAGCACGAGGCCGAGGCCGACUGCGACUACCAAUGGGAGCGUCCCUCGAUGGACUUUGCCCCCGGCGGCAGGGUGUUGGCCGCCGCCCAGAGCUACUCGGCCCUAGAAGAGACGCUGGCCAAGGCACCCGCCCAACGUUAUCCCGGUAUGCUGCCCUCCGCGUCUGGUUUCGAGGUGCCGGAGCUAAGUCCCGCCAGCCAAUCUUCGGCUGUACUAGGUCACGAAGCCAUCACGCCACUCUCGGCCGACGCGACCGACGCGCCACUGCAGCUCAGCUACAAGUGCACCGAGCUCGCCGUCCCGCUCCGCCUUCACGACUCGCGCGAGUACCAAUUCUCGCCGUCGCUCCUCAUCCCGCAGGACUACCAAGCCGAGCCCUCGACAGCGUACCAUGGCCUCCAGCCCUCGUCAUUGCAGCGCUCUAGCACGGCCACCAUGGCCAGCAACUACACAUCAAGCACCGACUCAGUCGGCGAGCGCCACGCAUCGACCAACUCGAGCUGGACCACCUUUACGCGGCACACCGCGAGCACCUCGUCGCUCAACAAGCUCGGCAUGUCCUGGGUUGACGAAGUCGAGCCGGUGCCCGCCAUAGCGGCGGCAUCUACCCCGGCCGAGACCCACGAGCCCGCCGCGGACCAAAACGAAACGUCGACGAUGCCGCCUGCUUCCGAGGACGUCGUGCCCGAGCUUGUCCUUGCCGUCUCGCCCCCGAAUCGGCGGACCAUGCACAAGAGCCACGCGAGCGAGUCUAUCCUCCGCAACAGCGUCGCGCCCAUUGACGCCCAGCAGCUACCCAAGCCGCGCCGGCCCCGCGCCCGGACAUCGAGUCUGGGCCAGGCGCCGCCGAUUGGCCAGUAUGCCUUGUUCCCGCGCAGCAAUAUUCGCACGCACGGUGAUAAAAUCUAA